GACGUGAAUCUUUCUAAUCUGUAGCAUAUACAUCUCAUUCAUCUCGAAAUCUUCGAAAAUCUGUCAAAAUAGUUUUCUAUAUAGAAAACCAAUUUUUAAUAGCAUUAGGCAUUUCAAAACCAAUUUAUCACAGAAUUUUAUUAGUUUAUAAAUCAUGAAUUAUUUAAAAGUUUGAACAUUUCAGUGUUCUAUAUAAUCUGAAGAAUAUAAAACAAAAUGACCAAUGCUACUAUCCAGGAGAUAGAAGGAAUAGAUGACUACUGGGGUCCAGCAUUCCGCUCAGUAUAUGAAGGUGAAGGGCAUGAAGCAUUUGUUCAACAAUUGGAUGAAAGAAUCAAGCAACAUGACAAGGAAAUCGAGAAAUUGUGCAAUUUUCAUUACCAAAAUUUCAUAGAUUCAAUUCGUGAGUUGCUUCAAGUGCGUUCUCAUGCUGAGGAGCUUCAUGCUAAGAUAUCAGAUGUGGAUGCUAAUGUUAAAGACACUACUGAAAGUUUGUGUGCCAGAGCUCAGGAGCUUAUUCGAGCCCGUAGAGUGGAAUUAAAUAUUGCUGCUACAAUAGAGAAAAUGGAAUUAUGCUUGCCUCUACUCACCACAUAUUCUAAAUUGAAAACACAAGUUGAAGCUAAAAGGUAUUACCCAGCUCUCAAAACCCUAGAGCAGUUGGAACAUGUACUGCUUCCUCGAGUGGGCCCGUACAAGUGGUGUGCACAGAUAUCGGCCGAUAUACCUCGACUGCGACAAGCUAUACAGGAUGCAUCCAUGGCUGACUUAAGAGAUUUCCUGGAGAAUAUACGCAAGCUAAGCCCACAGGUUGGUGCUAUGGCUCUAAAGCAAACUCAAGACAUGUCUGGAAGAAGUUUAGCCAAUAUUGUGAAAAAUAAGAAAGAUAUGGCAGUACUUGGUAUAUCCAACAAAGAAAGCAAUGGACCCCAAUGUCCUCACGAGCUGGUGGAUUUUAGUCCCCUACACAGAUGCCUGCACAUACAUAGUGUUCUCGGGGCCAAGAAUGACUUCGUACAAUAUUAUAGAGCUCAACGUAAGCAACAAGCUCGCCUGGUUCUCAUACCAUCAUCAGGCAACCUCCAUGACUCUAUACAGAGUGUGAAGAACUACUUGAAUGCUGUUCUCGGCUUCUUCAUACUCGAGGAGCAUCUGCUGACCACGGGAGCUGGUCUAGUAUCGAAGGAAUGGCUGCUAGAUACAUGGAAUAUGUCAGUUACGAAGGUGGCCUCAACGCUGCGUACCAAUACGUCGCUGAUCACAGACCCGACCCUAAUGUUGACUAUUAAACAUCAAAUUGUGUUAUUCAUCAGUACAUUAAAAUGCUACGGUCUUCCGACGGACCCACUGCCUCUGCUGCUUCAUGAGAUGGCGGAACACUAUACCGAGGUGCUUAUGCAGAGAUGGGUGGUUGUCUUCAGAGAUAUUUUGGAUAACGCGGCCUUUAUGCCUAUAGAGGUUGAAAAUCAAGAUCAAUAUGAUGGUGUGAUGGACAUCUUUCCGUAUGACGGUGAAGAGUUGGAUUCCCAGCCAUUCCCGAGGAAGUUUCCGUUCUCGUCAAUAGUUCCCGACGUGUACAUACAAGUUAAGGAGUUUAUAUACGCCUGGCUCAAGUACUCGGUGGGGCUGGGAUUUGGUGGAAGCAGACGGGCGGCUGCGGCCAGACAUUCAGCCUCUUUACUACUGAGCAGAUCCUUCACGGGCUGCUUGUCGGCGCUGUUCCGACGCCCUCUGCCUCUCAUGCAGUUGGUGCAGAUCAUCGUCGACACACAGUACUUGGAGGACGCAACGUUGUACCUGUACGAGUUUAUUAGCAACAUCACUGGUUCUGAACUGGUCACCACACAGGCAGCUGGAAGUAUGUUCCAAGCGGCGCGCGACGACGCUGAACAACAGAUAUGCGACAAUUUGGAGAAGAAAGUCGACGAAUUUCUGGAUCUUGAGAAUUACGAUUGGCUUCUAGUGGAGCCGACGGGUCAGGCGUCUUCGUUUGUGACCGACAUGCUGAGUUAUCUAUCUGGGGUUCUUACCUCACUCGAACACCUGCCUGAGAGAGCCAGAGUGGCGGCAGUUAGAGCAGCUACAAACCGUAUAGCGACGCGUCUCCGCAACUUGCUCCUGGAUCCGGCGGUGAAGCAGAUCUCCUCCGGGGCGCUGUAUCAGCUCGAUCUGGACGUGAUACAGUGUGAGCAGUUCGCGGCCGGUGAACCAGUGCCUGGACUUAAGGAGGGUGAACUGUUGGAACACUUUGCAAGCUUGAGGCAACUCCUCGACCUCAUAACCGGUUGGGACUGGUCCUCCUACCUUCACGACGUCGGCAUCGAGGGCGGCAAGUACUCACUGGUCACGCCCCGCGACGCAGCCACGCUCCUCGAAAAACUGAAAGAGGCUGAGCAGAAAUCCUCCGUUUUCUCUGUCUUGAAGAAGAAUGAGAGAGACAGACGAAAGUUGCUCGAUACCGUGCUGAAACAGUUGAAACAACUGCAGAAUCAAGAUGGCUCUUAAACUUCGUUAUAUUCGUGCUUGGUAGGAGAAUGUUGCAUGCAAUGUACAUUGUACAUCUUAAAAAUAUCUUGUAAUCAUAUCUAGGCGGUAGUCUUUGCAGUACACUAAUGCAAUCUGUAUUAAAACUCAGAGUAAUGCAUAUACAGGAUGUUUUUAUUCCGUUCGGAGAAAAUAGACUGUUAUAUUUACAUGCAGAUGAUUUGAUUAAUAAAAAAAUAAACAAAAA